AUGGCGCAACCAAGAUCACCGACAGAGGACCCCUCAGUCGACCUCGACCCAGCAGCAGUAGCAGACUUCCACGCAUCCCUGCGCUCUGCGCGUCGCGUUAUAGCAGUCAUCGGCGCCGGCCUGUCAGCAGCGUCUGGCCUCCCUACCUACCGGGGCGCAGGUGGACUCUGGCGCAACCACGACGUGACCAUGAUCGCGUCGCCCGUCUCUUUCAUACGCGACCCUGGCCUUGUGUGGCAGUUCAAUACGUAUUGGCGGCACCUGGUACUUUCUGCGAAACCUAACGCUGCACAUUUCGCGCUGGCGGAGCUGGCGAAACGCAUGGGAACGCAUGGGGAAGGAAACGCGGGAGUGGACGGAAAUGGGAAUGAGGAAGCUGGCGACAAUCUCGGCUUUGUGAUGCUCACGCAGAACAUCGACGGUCUCAGCGCCCGAGCCGACCACCCAGCAGAGUGCCUCAAACAGCUCCACGGCUGCCUACUUGACCUGCGCUGCUGGGACGCCGGCGGCUGUGGCUACGUCGAGUACGGCAACCUGACAAACCCGGUCGUGCCGGCACUGGCGAUGGACGAGGAAGACAUCAAAAGGGGGCUUGGGAAGCCAGGACCCGUCGAAUCGAAACUGAUGCCCAAAGCCAGCAUGGGGCUGCUAGAGGGAAUUGCCCGCAAGAACCGCCAGAUCAUGGGCGAGCAGUACCAAGAGAAGAAUUCGCGGCAGCGCGACGUCGCGCCGCUCAAGCCGCCGUCCGAGGCUGCGUCUGGGCGCGAUGGCGUAACGCUGCCGCCGCCCGCGGAUCUAGAGAUCAUCCCCGAGCCCAGGAUCGCUGCCGCGGACCUGCCGCAGUGCCCGCGGUGCAAGAAAAACCUGCUGCGUCCCCGCGUCAUCUGGUUCGGGGAAAACCUGCCGGCCGACGUGGUCGAGGAGGUCGACGCGAUAUUCGCGGAUCCGGAGCCUAUAGACUUGUGUCUGGUCAUUGGGACUUCGAGCUCUGUGUGGCCGGCUGCAGGUUAUACUCUGGAGGCACGUAAGAAGGGGGCUCGGGUUGCGGUCGUCAAUACGGAUCCUGCUGAUGCGAAGGGUAUGCGGCCUGAGGACUGGACUUUUGUUGGGGAUGCGGCGGCGGUUGUGCCGGUUUUGCUUGAGCCUGUUAUUGGACAGAGGGAUGAGUGGAUGAGGGAGGUGUAG